AAUUCAAUUUUUAAACUAGUUAACCGUUGAGAACUCGACACCUCACUUUUAUUUAUGUACACAAUGAAAAUUGGUUUUAUUAAUAGAAAUCUUUGCAAAUAUGCUUUAAUAGAAUAAUAAUACAAACCUUUGAAGUCCAAAUAUUUAAUAUUAUGGAGCCUUCAAAGGAAGCUAUUCCGGUCCGAGUAACGCGUUUGAACCGGCAGAUAUUAGGAAAACUGACUGGUGGUGAUUUAAAUAAAUUAUGUAAAAAAACAAUAAACCGGGAAGCUCUACUGGAUGCUCUCACUGUUCUUUAUGAUGAGUGCAACGAAGACCCUGUCAAAAAAAGUGAUGAAUACGUUAAAGGUUUUGUUGACAAAUAUCGCAGCACAUUGGCCGAGCUACGACGAACUCGUGUCUGUUUAUCUGACUUUGAAGUGCUACAAACUAUUGGCCGAGGGCAUUUUGGUGAAGUUCAUAUGGUAAGGGAGAAGGAGACUGGAGAUGUGUAUGCACUGAAGACUUUACGCAAAGAGGAGGCUCGCAAACGUGCAGCUAACACAGCAGAAGAUGAACGUGAUGUACUUGCAACAGCUAAUAGUCCGUGGAUACCUAAACUGCAGUAUGCAUUUCAGGACAGUAAUCAUUUAUAUCUGGUCAUGGAACUAUGUGUCGGUGGUGAUUUGGCUGGAUUGCUUGCUCGACGCAAUCAUCCCUUGUCAGAGCGCGACGCCGCAUUCUACAUAGCAGAAACAGCACACGCUUUAAAAGCUCUCCAUGGGAUGGGAUAUGUGCAUCGAGAUGUUAAACCACACAAUAUAUUUCUGGACAGGUGCGGGCACGUGAAGCUGGGCGACCUGGGCUCGUGCGCGCGGCUGUCGGAGGGCGCGAGCUGGGCGGCGGGCGGCACUGCGGACUACGUGGCGCCCGAGCUGCUGGCGGCCGCAGACUGCGCCGCGCGACACACAACGGCGUGUGACUACUGGUCGCUGGGCGUCGUUGCUUUCGAAUUGGUAACUUUGAAGAGACCAUUCUCAUCUGGUGAUGAAGAUUCUGUUGCGCAAGUUCUCAGCAAUAUACAAAAGUACGAGCGCGCGGCGGAGGCGGAGGCUGCGCCGCCGUUCGCUGCGGGCGCGGGUGCGGGCGCGGGCGCGGGCCCGUCGCGCGAGUGGCGCGCGCUGGUGGCGGGGCUGCUGCGCGUGCCGCCGCCGCGCCGCUACAACUACCUCGACACGCUGCGCCACGCCGCGCUCGCACAUCUCGCCGAUUUACACAGCAUUCGCGACCAGGCGCCUCCGUGGGUGCCUGGUGUGCGCGGUGCGGAGGACGGCACGCACUUCCGUCCGCCGCCUCGACGGCCUCCGCCUCCCGACGCCGCGCCCUUCCGCGCCCGCCCGCCCUUCGCCGGCCAGCUGCCCUUCGUCGGUUACUCUUAUGUGGCGAUCGAAGACAACGAGGAAAGUACAGGAGGUUUUAAUGCUUCUCACGAUUGCACCGCGAUCAACUUGGCUACCUAUAAAUCAGCGGAGAAGCUGGCGGCGAUGCGGGCGCGGGAGGUGUCGUCGCUGCAGAGCAGGCUGGCGGCGGCCGAGGCGGCGGCGGAGGCGGCGGCCCGCGCGGCGGCCGAGCGCACGCGCCGCGAGGCCGAGGCCGAGGCCGAGCGCACGCGCGCGCGCCUGCAGGCCGACAUCACCGCGCUCUCCCUGCAGAACAAACGUCUGGAGCGUCAAGUGGAGGUAGAGAAAGAGGAGCGGAUGGCGCUACAGCGCACCAAUCAGGAGCUGUCGUGCGGGAUCGCGGAGCGCUGCAGCGCUGAGAACCGCGCGACGACAGCGGCGGCGGCAGCGCUGCAAGCGGAGCGCGACACGCUGCACGAGCAGCUGCAGCGCGCGGAACGCCGCGUAGCAGACCUACAGGCCGAAUGCACGAGAACGCUCGCCGCCGCCGACCGAGCGCGCGACCAGCACCAACACUAUAAGGAUAUAUUGGCGCACGUGCAAGAUUUACGGCAUAGAAAACUGACCGAAAUGAACGUGCGGGCGAUUGACACGAUAGCGAAAGAGCGCGCGUUGCGACGACAAACGCUUAGCGGUGGCGAAGCUGAGAUGCGAGAGACGGCCGCGCGACUCGCAACUGCUGAAACUAAUUUUGCGCGCGAAGUACGUGCCAAAGAACAACUGGAAAAACAAGCCGUUGAGCUGCAAGCCAAGAAUGCGUCGCUGCAAACCGAAAACGCUACACUGCAAGUUGAAAAUGAAACUCUCCAAGCUGAAGUGGAGCGUGUCAGAAAGGAUUUGGUUAACGCUAAGGAUAAUAUGAAUGAGAAGGAACGUACCGCCGAUGCAUCGUCUGCGAAACUUAUGGAUGCACAGCAGCAGUUGGCGCAGGAACGAGUUAGAGCCGCAACGCUGAUUGCACAAGUACAGGAAUUGGAGCGUGGCAUGGAGGAAGCAGCUAAGCGUGAAGCGGCGUUGGAAGAACAGUGUACGCGGACUGAGGCGCGUCUAAACGAGCGACUUGAUGCAGCGGAGGCCCGAGCCACCGCUGCCUUGCAGGACGACGCCAGGCACCGGCAAAAGGUUGGCACACUGGAGCAGCUGGUGCGGCGUCUGGAGCGCGAGGUGAGCGCGCUGGAGGCACGUGGGUGUCCGCGGUGCGAGGCGGGCGCGGGGGCGGAGGCGGGCGCGGGGGCGGAGGCGGGCGCGGGGGCCGACAGCGACACCGAGAGCGUGGCCGACGUGGCCAGCGCGCAGCGAGCCGUGCUCCGGGAGCAGCUCGAGCGGGCCGAGGGACAGCUGCAGGCUCGUGCUGAAGAAAUUGCAACUUUGCGGCAAGAGGCACGUACGGCCAAUUUGGCGAGAUGGCGUAAGGAAAGAGAAUACAACGAAUUAUCCAUCGAGGCGAAAUCAACAGCUAGAGAGUUGAAACGCCUAGAGGAACGUCUCUCAUGUGUGGUCGAAGCACGAAAAGAGGCUGAGAAAAAGAGUACAGCGUUGCAAAGCGAGUUGACAACAUUACGUCCAAAGUACGAACAGGCGAGCAAGGACGUGGAGCGAUUUAAAGAACAGUUACAGAAAUUGCAAAAAGCUCAUGAGGUUGCUCAGGCAGAAGUUGAUAGAUCCCGCAAUGAUAUCCGCAAGCUGAAGAGUGAGUUGAUGUACAGCGAGAAACGUCGCCUGCACGCAGAGGAACAAGAAGAGCUAUCAAGCCGCGAGAGGGCCCAUAUGCGCGACGAACUGCAACAGAUGCGCGGACGGAACGACGAUCUUCUACAGAAUAACAAGGCACUGCAAGAAGCGUGCGCUUUACUGGAGGAGCAGCUUACGGAUUUAGAAAAGCUAGCUGAUCAUCACGAGCUGAAGAAUAAGGAUCUCGAGGAGGAGUGCGCACGUAAGCGUACGGAGCUGGAAGCGUGCGGCGCGCGGCUGGCGGCGGCGGAGCGGGCGGCCGGCGAGCACGCGGCCGACGCGCGGCGCACCACGCGCCUGCACGGCGACGCGCGCGAACAGGCGCGGCGGGCGCGAGCACACCUACACCUGCUCACGGAGCGCGUGGAGUCUCGCGAGGCGCGCGUGUCGGAGCUAGAGGCGCGCGUGGCGGAGCUGGAGGGCGAGCAGGCGGCGCGGGACGCGGCGCUGGCCGCCGCCGCGCGCCGCGACCGGGACCUGCAGGAGGAGUGCGCCGCGCUGCGCACGCGGCUGCACCACCACGCCGCCGCCGCGCUGCAGCUGCAGGCCGCGCUCGCAGACGCGCAGGAGGAGUUAUCCGCGUCCCGCGAAGCAGCGGAUGCGGCGGCCAUCUGGUGGAGGACUCGUGAAACGAAAGCCGAUGCUACGCUGCGACAGCAAGCCAAACUCAUUGACUUCUUGCAGGCAAAGGUAGAAGAGGCCGGCCGUAAGAAAUGUUCACUCAGCAACAAAAUAUUUGGACGCUCUGGCAGAAGAUUACCCGCUUCACCUCCGCUGAGACGAGUCAACAGGGAAUUGCGCGAGGAAGUAGAUAGAUUACGAGCCAAACUGAAUGAAGGAGACGAUGCAAACUACCCGCCUACGCCAAGGCGAGAAAAGAAACCACUUGUUAAUGGCAGCAAAACGGCAGAGGAUCCAUAUGGAGAUGAUGAUUCACAGUUAACAAUAGUGUGGGAUGACGGCAGCCGCGAGCGUGUGGAGGCGCGGUGCUCCGACGGCGGCCUGGAGCUGCGGCUGGGCGGCCGCCACCACCGCGCCACGCUGCGGGGGCUCCACGCCGACGGCCUGCCGCCGCACGAGGCCGACCGAGCCUUCACGGUGGAUUUGGAAGAUUCGUACCGCGGCGGGACAGCGACGGUGGUGUGUGGCAACUCUGCCAGCCGUGCGGUGUGGGUGUCGCGUCUGACGCCGUCUCCGCCGGCCCGCACUUUCUUGCCACCCGCCCUGAUCCGUCAGCGACCCGCGCCAGUCGCCGCAAUCUACGUAGCACCCGAUGCCAUCGCGCUCGGUUCUCCGUCGGGGUUACAUUCGCUUCGCGGACCGGUGCGAUUGCAGUUGGAAGAUGGAGAGGGAAUGGGUGCGGGUGAGAUGUGCUCGGUGACGUCACUGUGCUCAGCUGGAGGCCGCGUGUUGGUUGUGGCGGACGGCUAUCUAUACGCGGCGGGAUUGACGCCGUUUGCAUCAGCCAUACGUCGCGCCGCCUCGCUGCGGCCCGCUAUCGAAGUCUCCGCCAUGCAUCUUCCCGAUGCUGCAUCAUCAUCAACGCCGCUUCUACUUACGAGUAUCAAUGAACCGUGGUCAGACGGUCCGUGUGCGGCAGUCGCGAGCGGGCGGCACGUGUCUCUGCUGCGGGUCGACAGCGUCGGCCGGCUGGUGGUGUUGCGGUCGCUGCCGCUGCCGCGCGCGGCCACCGCGCUACUCCUGACGCGGCGCGCGCUGCUGGUAGCCGCCGACACCCCCCUCCGCGCCCACCUCCCCGCGGGGACACUCCAAUCCUUCGCCAUGGAAGAACCCAUCAUCGCCGCCGCCGCCAGGAAGCGCUCCCCGCCCAAGGCGAUGCUACUCGUGCGCGACGAUCCCCAAGAAAUAUUGAUCUGCUACGCGGAGUGUGGCGUCUUCGUCGACGAGAACGGUAAGCGCACCCGCAACGAGGACCCCAAGUGGAGUUCGGCCGUCCACGCCUGGGAGUUCGUGAAUCCGUUUCUGUAUCUGAUCGGAGAGGACAGAGUGACUGUCCUCCAUUUGAACGACGAGGUAUAUAGGAAUCCCCCGUGUACGUGUGACACGAUAUCUCUGGCGUCGACGGCGUCCGAUUGCUACAUGCCGCAGAUAUUUAACUUGAAACUUAGCGAACCCGCGCUGCUAGGUACGACUCCGACUGGCGUUAUAGUUCGGUCGAAAGAAGAUGACGAGUAUGUAGUCCAAAUCGUUGAAGGAAUGGCUGCUUUUAAAAGUAUCGGCGCGUCGAUAGAAUCCCUUGAAACCGUAUCAGAACGAAACAGUUCUUCGACGGAUUUAGCUCAGUCUUUGACAGACUUACGACCUCAGGAUGUCCAGAACGCCUCUGAAGAAAGUAUAGAAACCACUACGGGUUUCCUAGCCGACAUAAGAAACAGAGCGCGCCAGUUACGUAAUAAAAAUCGAAAGGAACAAUCACCAGACGAUGUGAUAACGGCAAUUUUGACAACAGAGAUAGGAUUGAAACGCUCAACAAAUGGUAGAAAAUCCCCAGCUACUAUUUCAGAAUUCGAUUCCGAUUCUACAGAGACCACAGAAGAAGAAAGAACAGAAUCGACCAAGGGGACUUCGGAUAUAUGCGCGGAAAUGUUUACUAGACAGGUACGUUUCCAAAAUUAGGUAAAUAUUGUACUUACUAACUCUACAUAAAUUUUAAUGUAAUAACUAAAUAAUAAACCCAUCUGUUAAUUACAGAGACUUAAUUCUGAUAUUUUUUCAAACAAAUUAAUUUCAAAAUCCAAGGUAUGCCAAUAUUAUGAAAAUUAUGUAUUUAGAAGUACUUUCGACUUUAUUUUAUAAACUUAUACACAUUCUUUUACAUAUAAUAAAUUGUUGAAAGAACAAUUGCCCCUCCUAUCGAAUAUAUUUCUGAUAUGUAAUUUGUUACUUAACAUAUUGAAUGCCAGUAUUUUAUGAAAAAUAAUAAUUACUCAAAUUGGCUUUGAAUACAUAGACAAUACAUUGUUAAUUGUUAAAUAAAUUAGGAGCCUUUUACUGUGAUUUGCUACUUAAUUUUAAUGUGUUUAGAUGUAAUUUAGUUGGUAAAGUAUUUAUUUUAGUUACUAUGUAGGCAAAACCCUGACUAUGUUUUAAGUUGUAUGA